AUGGAGCUGGUCGCUCCUAUAGAUAACACUUUUGGAGCCCUGCUUAUCGGCAACUAUAUUGGCCUUGUCAUGUACGGGACUACUGCAUACCAGGCGUACAAGUACUUUCAGACGUAUCCAAAGGAUACUGCGAGAUUAAAAUGUCUGGUUGGUUCUCGCGCUUCUGGAGCUGUCACGUCUGGUGAAAACAUUCGGCCCUACUCGUCUUUCGUGCUGCGCGUUUACAAGUCACCAAGCUACUUCUACCUGGUGACCAACUACUUUAACCCCUCUGCCCUACUGGCCGGAAGCUGGUCAGCAAUACUUAUGGGCGUCGUCAUGUGCAUCAUCAUCUUCGUAGCCCAGGUAUUCUAUGUUCGGCGAAUCUACCUAUGUGAGCCUCAGCUCAGUCUCUUCGUAACAAUCCCUCAUCAUUCCUCCCCACCAGUCAACCCCAACUAUCGAGGUCUUGUAGUUGUCUUGGUCGUGCUUCUUCUCGGGGAGGUAGGCGCUGCUGCUGCUGCAGCGAUUGAAGGGUCCACCAGAUACAGGGUAGUUGCUAAAGCAGACUUGACACGAAUGGAAUCCAUCGCUCUGGUGGGCGUUCUGGCUGUGGAUCUCUUCCUCGCUAGUACUUUGGUCAUUUUACUCCAUCGUACGCGCACUGGAUUCAGGAACACCGACUCGCUGCUCAACGUCCUGAUCGCGUACACAGUCAACACAUGUGUCCUCACAAGCGCAAUUAACGCCCUUGCCCUUGGUUUCCUCAUCGCUUUCCCGACCAACAUGAUCUACUUCGGGAUUCUCACACCCGCGACGCGCUCCUACACGAUGGCGGUACUCGCAGUGUACGUCUUCCCUUACUCUUCCAGCUAG